AUCCUAAUACGAUAAUUUGAAGAAGUUGGUGAUCAUGUUUGAUCAUAGGCCCUUUUUCCAAUCAUUUGCAGUGGAUAGUGCUGAAUCACUUCCCUUGAUGGAAGGUGAAGGGAGAUCAUUUAGAGUAAAGGGAUUCAAUCAAAAUCAAAGGGCUGCAUUUGUUCAGAUUAUGAUGAGAUUUGGAGUUGGGGAGUUUGACUGGGCAGAGUUCACGCCACGCUUGAAGCAAAAGACUUGCGAAGAAAUUAAAGAAUAUGGGACUCUUUUCUUGACACACAUCGCUGAGGAUAUUACUGACUCACCAACCUUUUCAGAUGGUGUUCCUAAAGGACUAAGGAUAGAAGAUGUACUUGGUAGGAUUGCAGUGUCACUUCUGAUAAGGGACAAAGUGAAGGCUGCAUCGGAAAAGCCAGGCACUCCCCUUUUUCCAGAUGACAUAGUAUCUCGUUUCCCAGGAUUGAAAAGUGGAAGGUUUUGGAAAGAGCAUCAUGAUCUGUUACUACUCCGUUCUGUAUUAAAGCAUGGCUAUGGAAGGUGGCAUGCUAUUGUUGAUGACAAGGACCUGAAGGUUCAAGAGGUCAUUUGUCAGGAGCUGAAUCUUCCAGUUGUAACUCUCCCUGUACCAGGAGCAUCUCAAUCACAAGAUGGUGCAAAUGUGGUUAGUGCUGAAACUCCUAUGAAUGAGACAAAGGCAACUGUUGUGGGGAACGAUUUAGCAGUUGAUGCUGCAAACAGAGCACCUGACGCUGCAAACCGAUCACAGUUAUUUCAAGAUUCUUCGUCAUUAUAUCAUUAUAGAGAGAUGCAGAGAAGACAGGUUGAAUUUAUCAAGAAAAAGGGUGACACAAAAGCAAAUGAGACUCCUAUUGAAGAGCCGGAGACUGAAGCCAAGGUUCUCGAUAUACCAAGCCCAUGCUCCAUGGAUAUUGAUUCUCAAACUAGUAAUCAGUUACCACAAGUGAUCAAUGGUGUUCCUAAAGGACUAAGGAUAGAAGAUGUACUUGGUAGGAUUGCAGUGUCACUUCUGAUAAGGGACAAGUUUAAGGACCAAUUGGCAAAUUACGGAACAGGGGUGAAGGCUGCAUCGGAAAAGCCAGGCACUCCCUUUUUUCCAGAUGACAUAGUAUCUCGUUUCCCAAGAUUGAAGAGUGGAAGAGGUAAAUUGAACGAAAUGGAGAUAGAAAGGAAGAUGCAUCCUUUAUAA